UGUAACAUGGAGGCUAAAGCUUUGUUUCCUGAGGACGAUCUGUGUUGCUCUAUAUGUUGUGAGAUUUUUAAAGAUCCUGUUGUCCUGAAAUGCAGCCACAGCUUCUGUGGAGCGUGUCUGGAGCAGUGCUGGGAACAGAAGAGCUCUCGAGAGUGUCCCCUCUGCAGGAGAAAGGCCUCUAUGCAUAAACCACCUGCAAACCUGGCCUUAAAAAACAUUGUGGAGUCUUUCUUAAAGCAGAAGACUGAGAGAGAAACUACAGACAAGACUGACGCUCGCUGUACUCUUCAUGGAGAGAAACUUCUUUUAUUCUGUGAACAUGACAAAGAGCCUCUCUGUCUCGUCUGUCAGACUUCAAAAAAACACAGAAACCACCCGGUCUGUCCAGUGGAAGAGGCCACUCUGGAGCUGAAGAUGGAACUCAAGCCUGCACUCAGUCUUAUUAAAGAAAAACUGAAGAAGUUUACAGAGGUUGAACAAGGAUGUAAGAAGACAGCAGAGCACAUCAGGAGUCAAGCCCAGCACACAGAGAGGCAGAUAAAGGCAGAGUUUGAGAAGCUCCACCAGUUCCUGCGUGAGGAAGAGGAGGCCAGACUAGCUGCACUGAAGGAGGAAGAGGAGCAGAAGAGUCAGAUAAUGGAGGACAAGCUAGAACACAUCACUGGAGACAUCUCCACCCUUACAGACAAAAUCACAGCUAUAGAGACGGGCAUGGAGACCGAAGACACCUCCUUUUUAAAGAGCUACAAGAACAUCAAGGAAAGAGCCCAGUGCACACUGCAGGACCCAGAGCUGCUCUCAGGGCCGCUGGUAGACGUGGCCAAACACCUGGGCAACCUGACGUUCAGAGUCUGGGAGAAGAUGCUGGGGAUGGUGCAGUACAGAGAGUAUCUGGGCCAGAUGCUGAAAUCAGCUCCUGUGAUGCUGGACCCCAACACUGCACAUCACAAACUCUCUCUCUCUGAUGAUCUGACCACUGUGAGACACACAGGUACAGCGCAGAAAUGUCCUGACAACCCAGAGAGGUUUAACAGCUGUGUGUCUGUGCUGGGAUCUGAGGGGUUCACCUCAGGGAAACACAGCUGGGAGGUGAAGGUUGGGAAUAAACGUGAGUGGGAUGUAGGAGUGGUGAAAGAGUCCAUCAACAGGAAGGGAAGUAUAACAUGCAGCCCAGGGAGAGGAUACUGGGUCAUAAUGCUGAAGAAUGGUGAUGAGUACAGAGCAGCAGGAGUGGCUGACCUCACACUGGAGAGGAAACCCCAGAGCAUCAGGGUGCAGCUGGACUAUGACGGGGGGGAGGUGUCCUUCUUCAACUCCAGUGACAUGUCACUCAUUUACACUUUUAAACACACAUUUACUGAGAGGGUGUUCCCAUACUUCUCUCCUGGUUUGAGAGAUGGUGGUAAGAACGAUGGACCCCUGCAGAUCUGCCCAGUGAAAGUCUCUGUAACAGUGACGUCAUCCCAGUGAAGGUGUGUUUAAAAAUGUAAUUAAAAAUGCUUGUAGCAUGUUUCUGAUCAGCCUCAGCAUGACUGUUGAUUUGAACUGUGGUAGACUUGCUGGACAUGUGAACUGAUCGGGCGGGGAUACGCUCUCAGUGUCUGAAAAAGGUACAAGGUGGCACAAAGGGGGUGUUUUCAAAAUGACAAAGGGGUGUGUCUGUCAGGGAGCAGACUGGUAUACAGGGGUCAUUUGCUUUUACCUGGUGUGGUUUAUGCUAUAAAGGAGACUAUUAGGUCUUGUUAAUAUAAAUUGCUUUUGGAACUGCAAAUGCUCCUUUACAAAGGACCACAUUAUAUUACACUUACUAUUGACAAAAUCCUUUUACUAAUUGUAAUUGAUUGUUCUUUUCAUCAGUAAUUAUUUUGUUGAGUUAAUGAGCUGUAAAUGCAUUUUUGAUAAUGCACAUGCAGGCAGUGUCUUUUGGGUUUGUUAUCAUAUAAAUUAUUUGACAGCUUUAUUUCAUAUCGUGUUUAUAUACAGAUGCACUCUUGUGGGUAAAUCGAAUGCUUUCAUACCUGAUCGAUGUCAUUCUUGUUGAGCUGUAUUCAUGAGAGCGUGUUCAACUUUAAUUGUGAGCAUGGUGAGCUCUCGUUAGUGUGACUCCAUCAGGCUCCUGGGCUCUUUUCACAUUGUACUUUGCAG